GAUGAGGAGGCGGAAGAGAUUGAGCGCCGGAUAACUGAGAAUGUGGUGAAACUGGCGGCCACUGAUCAGCUCAACUCAGAGAUUGUCACUAACAAGAGUCGGGCGUAUCUGUCGUGUGAAUCCGGAGAAAUGAUUGUCAAAAUCAAUUUCACAGAACCUUUUCGAGGAAUAGGAUAUUCGGAUUACGACCGGACGAGUCCGUGCAAGUUCUAUGGCGACGGAUCCACUCACUAUCAGAUGAGACUACCCUUAAAGGGUUGCGGAACUAAACAGGAGGCGCCACGACUUUUCAUUAAUAAUAUAAUCCUUCGAUUUCACCGAACCCUUGAGCUCGAAGAAGAUGAGAUCAAAACAAUAGUGUGCAGAUAUCCACCACCACUCGCACCCCCACCUCCUAGUAUUUCAGCUCCAAUCUUAGAGCCGCCACCGGUUCCCAUACUUCCAAUUCCGGCCAAAUUAUCGGAAAGCGAACUUUUAUUAAUCAUAAGCGCACUCUUAUUCCUCACAUUAUUAUUACUGGGAAUAGGAAUGGCUUACUAUUGUCUUAAGAGGAGAAACAUUAAAGUGGUUCGUAAACGAAAGAUUGUGCCAGAAAUGAGCAAGAUUACCACAAUUGAACCAGUUCGUAUACCAAGAGUAGCUGUCAGCACCAGCAGCUCAGACUACCCGUCCUCUUCGGAAGAGAUUAGUGUAAUCAGUGAUACGUCAACCAUAAGACGUGAUCACUAUAAUUAUGAGAACCAGGCGUUUAUACCGGAACCCUAUCCUCUGGAUAUUGAACGCGAAGACUCGGUCACAUCACUGCCUGUGCCUGUUAUGGCUAAACCAAACAUAACUCAAUUAGAUUUGUUGACAACCAUUCGGGAAACUCAACACUUGACGGACACCGAUAUCUUUAAUACAAAACAUUUCAAAACAACGACACAGUUAUAUAGGAAAGCGCCCACACCUACAGCCUCUUCCAUUUAUGGCAGUAUACCUGAUAACGACAUGUGGUCUUAUAGUGAAUUAGACGAUACACCAGAGCAGCGCCCGUAUAUACCGCCCCCUAAGUUACACGUUAGGAACAUUGAUGACAGUUAUGUGUCAACUCAACACAUCACAGAUAUUGAUGAAGACAUUACUACUCAUCGACGGAUAACACAACCAAAUCCCAAAAUCACUUCCAAAACAACAUAUGAUUUAUAUCUGAGUCCUGAAGAAGUUGUUGAUACGUCUGAAGACAUUACUACUAAACGACUUACAGUUUAUCCGAAGCCAAAAAUUACAAUCAAAUCUACGGAAGAUUAUUAUGUGAGCCCUCAAGAGAUAACUGACAUAACAGAGGACACAACAACACAACGGAUAACUACUUAUCCAAAGCCUAGACUAACCACACAAACACUCGAUGAUUAUUUUAGGACUGAUAGGGAAACGACCGAAGUAUUGGAGGACACGUCCACUACGAGGGCUAUAGCACUGCCCCCGAAAGGGCCGGCAAUCACUGAUCUCACACAAGAUGAUCGCUUUAUAAACAUGAGGGAGACAACAGAAAUAACGGACACAUCCACGCGACAACUUAUUAAACACCCGACACCUAAGUAUACGGUCCACACAAUUGACGACACGUUUAUCACAAAUAUAUGUGAAACGGAAACUAUUGAACACAUCACUGCCAAUGACAAAAAAGACACGUUUGUCUCCCAACCUCCGAGCCAACCCAGACUCGGACCGGGCCCUGAUUGGGAGGUGCAAAUCAAUAGGUAUCUGGUGGGACCCACCACUGAACUUCCCGAUACAAAAACCACUACAACUACUUCACAACUCUACGACUCGUAUACUUCUGAUCGAUUGGUCGACACAACCGAUCAAAGGACCAGUACUUCCAUUCAACACAUAAGUAGUCGGGAAACAAAGAUCGAUAUGAUAUACAAAGUGUUGAACGCACCGCCACCUGAUCUGCCGGGAGUGGACACUCUUUCUCCUGCUGUCAAACAAAAGUUACGUUCAAUUAUAACCACUGAUGAAGUGUUCAGAACUUUGAUCAUUGAGUCCAACACUACCGAAAAGUAUAUUCACAUCAGUCGUCAUAUUCAUUAUAGUAGUCUCUUUGAGCCCCCGGUUUGGCACACAAUUGUUCAACUCUUCUCAUUACCUGAAGUGUUAUCAGCACCUAAACUGCCACCACAGCAGCCAUUACAGCCAUUACAGCCCCCACAACCUUCACAACCACCACAACCCCCUCCAACCAAUAGAUAUAGAAGAAAAACUUCGUUACCUUUAAUUAGUAGCGAACAGUUGGUUCCCGAAUCAUUCAUACCACCAGAAAGUAUAAGGUCACGUCGAGCGUCGCGUUCGAGUUCUAUCUUUGAUGUGCGAUCACUAACUGAAGAAGACGUCACAUUUGCCAGAUCUGAAUCCAUUAGAUUCCCACAGCACUCACUCACAGCAUAUCAACACUCCGACCAACGAUCACAGAGUUAUAUAUACUCGCAAAGCCAACCCACAGACCACCCGACAGACCGACCGACAACUUCUGGUCGCCAAUCCUUCCCAUAUAUUCCCAGAGCAACACAUGUAUCACCACUUCUGGAAGCCUCGCAUCGCCCCUAUUCUCCAGAUAUCGAUGCGUUAAGUUUGGCCACUCCUUCAGACGCGUACACUUCUUCGAGAUAUAUGUCAAGCUAUGGCCGGUCAACAGCUUAUGGCCGGUUAGCGCAGAUAAGGCGGACUCUCGACCGCACAACAAGUGUAGGCGAAAAAGAAGAAACAAAAUCUGUAUCAGAAAAGGAUGUCUACGAUUGGAAGCGAUGA